AUGUUCUCUCCCUCCUGUUCAGGUUCACGUUCCCUACAGCGAGUUCUUCAAGCUGGAGGCUCUGUCGGCGUACCACCGGGUGAUCAGCCUGGAGGACUUCAUGAAGGUGUUGGCUCCUAAAUACUGGCCCCCAGGACAGAGGAAGGCCUACUGCUUCGAGGCCGCCGCCCAGAGGAGCGCAGACAAGAAGUCCUGCCCCAUGAAGGAUGGAAAUCCUUUCGGGCCGUUCUGGGACCAUGUGGGAGUAGAGUUUGACCAGUCGGUUCUGUUUGGAGGGAUAACCUUCAGCGCCUACUAUCAGCCGCAGUGGAUGAAGAGAUUCCCCCCCUCUGAGCACCCGGUGCUGGCGCUGCCCGGCGCUCCGGCCCAGUUCCCGGUGCUGGAGGAGCAUGUGGGCCUGCAGCGCUACAUGGUUUGGUCAGACAAGAUGGUGAAGGAGGGAGAGGAGCACAUCGCCGCCCUGCUGGCCAGGCCCUACGUUGGCAUUCACCUGCGGAUCGGCGUCGACUGGGUCAGACCAUCCUCUGAACAUGUGACCAUUAGUAGAUCCGAGCCGUCAGAGCUGCUGCCCAAAGGAAACGACACCAUAGAAAUAUUUCUAGAUGUUUGUUAUCCUGAUCUAUCAUCUGUUGCUAAGCAGAGAAAAUGUUUCUUUAAUUCCAGCCCCUCCUCUCUCUUCCUGCAUGUCCGCCAUGUUUAACAGCUGCUUUCCUUCAAUGUUCUGCAGGUGAAAGUGGUGACCCUCCAGCCGGACUGGGCUCAGACCGACCUGUACAUCCUAGGACAAGCCGACCACUUCAUUGGGAACUGCGUCUCCUCCUUCUCCGCCUUCGUGAAGAGAGAAAGAGACGUCCAUGGCCUGCCGUCCUCUUUCUUCGGUAUGGACAAACCAGGGAAGGUGAAUUCCAAAGACGAACUCUGAGAAUUAUUCUGCUGCUAGAAGGAUCAGGAGGUUCUUCCAUGUGAGACGGGUUCAGUUUGACCAGAAGCAGCGAGGAGGAAAGGCUGCGACGGAUCUGCUGCCGGUUUAGUCCCGUUUCUGAUGGAGACAUUAAAGCCGGACUUUAAUGAAGGCCGACCAGGACAGUCUGGCUGCUGAGGACAGAUGCUCGUUGUUUUAACGGUUGAUAUUCUGCCAUCUAUUUUCUCUCUGAAUAAAAUGGAUGUUUGAUCCAGCAUGAAACAUCAUUAUGAACAAACAUUGUGAAGCAUCGAUACUGGAAUGAUUUUUCUCUCAUCAAUUAAUCAGUAUUUUUCUAAAAGCUCCUCUUUUCAUCUGAUCCUUUUUUAUUAUUUUAGAGUUUGAGAGCAACACACAAAAACCUGCAAUCCUCCCAACAUUCUAUGGCGUGAAUGUUGCUCCAUUAUUGUUGAAGCAAAGAACACAUUUUAUAAAUGGAAAUUGGAAAA